AUGUAGAAGUAACAAUAUGUCUGCACAAUGCUAUAGCAGCUAUACCAGUGCUGUGAACCUAUUUUCUUAGCAAGAAAUUUUUCUAGAUAUCAGUUUUUAAAACAUUUAUUAGUUCUCUUGCUUUUUCGUACUUGUUCUGUAAUCUUGACUAACAAAAUGACAAGGUUAAAUAUAUAUGUUUUAUUGCUGGCAUAUCUUUUUAUCGUUCUAAUAUCUUCUGAAAUUUAAUGCUUGCAUUGCCACAUUAAACAGAGAUUGGAUUGGGAUUAACGGGCUUUGGAAUAUUUUUCUCAUUCCUUGGUGUUAUGUUCUUCUUUGACAAGGGAUUGCUUGCAAUGGGAAAUAUCCUCUUUGUUUCUGGAGUUUCCCUGACUAUUGGACUGAAAUCCACCAUGCAAUUCUUCAUGAAACGUAGUAAUUUCAAGGGAACCAUUUCAUUUGGUAUUGGAUUCAUUAUUCUUAUCUUGGGGUGGCCUAUUCUGGGCAUGAUUGUGGAGUCUUAUGGAUUCAUCGUACUCUUCAGUGGUUUCUGGCCUACACUGGCUGUUUUCAUUCAGAAGAUCCCUGUUCUAGGUUGGUUGUUUCAACAACCAUACAUUCGAUCGUUAUUGGAUCGAUACAGAGGCAGACGUGUGCCCGUGUAGCACGUGGAACUUUAGAAGAUUAUGUAGCUGCUAGCAAGCGCAUAUGUAAGUCACUGUAAAGAUAAUACUCUGAUAUGGAGACCCGAGUCUGAAUUGUGAUGGUAGAAAAGUGUGAUAGCCAUUUUAUUCAAAGAAAAAAUGGUUUUUGUAUUCGUUUUACAAGUCCUUUGUAGUCUCUUUUUGAUUCUGACGCUUAUGGAAAAUCAAUUAAUUGGUCUUCGGAGUUCUCAGUUCUUCAAUUUCAUCUGCUUUACUAUUCUAAUCAGAUGACAUCUCUGGAAAGGUUUGUGCGCUUGGAGUGUUACUACUUGUGAGAGGAAUAUAACAAUUUUAAAUGAUAUCAAAAUGGUGUUAGCGCAGCAAUAUGGGGAUUUGAUAUUUUUAUUUAUUUAUUUGUAAUACACUCUUCCAGGGAGUGUUGGAUUGACUGUAGAAUUAAAUUUUUUGAAAUAUAAUAUCUUCCUAAUUCA